GCAGUGGUAGAAAAUGUGUUUCCCAUGUUUUUUCCCUGCCUUUUCUCAAUAAAAUCGAGUCAAGGAAGAAAUUGACGGCUUUGCAGCCGGGGUGGAGAAUGUUUUAUGUACGAACCGGUCCACCGGUCCACGGGUGUUCAGCCGGCUGCAUGCAGUCCCUUUAAGAUGAAGGUAAAAUGAAACGACUCAAUAUCGCCAUCUGACGACAUUUGGGCUACUGUAUAAUGUGUCAAAUACGCGGAACAUUAAACACGUGGAACCUAAAAAUUAGGGUUGAGAAAUUUGGGGACUCUUUAAGAGCGGAUCAGAUCUUUUACUUUCCUGCUAAAUGUAGACUGUCAAGGCAUGUUAAUAACCACACGUCGCUGUGCGAAAGCACUGCAGCUCACCCUCGCGGUGAUCAAGCCCGAUGCAGUGGCGCAUCCUGUCAUCUUGGAGGCCCUUCACCAGAGAAUCCUAGAGAACAACUUCAUCAUUGUCAGGUCCAAAGACCUGGUGUGGAGGAGACAGGACUCUGAGAAGUUCUACUCUGAACAUGCAGGACGGUUCUUCUACCAAAGACUGGUUGAGUUCAUGUCCAGUGGUCCGAUGCGGGCCUACGUCCUGGCUAGAGAGGACGCCAUAACCCACUGGAGAGAACUGAUGGGUCCUACCAAGGUGUUCAGGGCCCGCUAUACCUCUCCCUUAUCCAUCAGAGCCCAAUACGGACUCACUGACACCAGGAAUACCACACACGGCUCUGAUUCGUCGGAGUCGGCGCGGAGGGAGAUCAGUUUCUUCUUCCCAGACUUCAGUCAGGAGACGUGGAUGGAGAGAGAGGAGCUGAGGUUCAGGAAGGGACGCAUGGAGUACAACCAGAAGAAACAGAUACACACGUUACCAGUUCACAGCUAACUGCUGAUCUCAGUACACAUUUAAACAAAUACUUGACUGGACCAGGUGCCUGCGUUCAUAAAAUGUCUCAGUAAGAGUGUACAGUAUAUAACAGAACCAGUCAAAAGUUUGGACACACCUUCUCGCUCAAGGGUUUUUAUUUGUACUAUUGUCUACAUUGUAGAAUAAUAGUGAAGACAUCAAGACUAUGAAAUAACACAUAUGGUAUCAUGUGGUAUCCAAAUAAAAGUGUUAAACAAAUCAAAAUAUAUUUUAUAUUUGAGAAUUUUCAAAGUAGCCACCCUUUUGCCUUGAUGACAGCUUUGUACACGCUUGGCAUUCUCUCAACCAGCUUCACCUGGAAUGCUUUCCCAUCAAUGUUGAAGGAGUUCCCACAUAUGUUGAGCACUUGUUGGCUGCUUUUCCUCCACUCAAUUCAACCAUGAUGGCCUGAUUCACGCAGUCUCCUCAGAACAGUUGAGGUUGAGAUGUGUCUGUUACUUGAACUCUGGGAAGCAUUUUCUGAGGCCGGUAACUCUAAUGAACUUAUCCUCUGCAGCAGAAGUAACUCUGGGUCUUCCUUUCCUGUGGCGGUCCUCAGGAGAGCCAGUUUCAUCAUAGCGCUUGAUGGUUUUUGCGACUGCACUUGAAGAAACUUUAAAAGUUUUAGAAAUUUUCCGGAUUGACUGACCUUCAUGUCUUAAGGUAAUGAUGGACUGUCAUUUCUCUUUGCUUAUUUGAGCUGUUCUUUCCAUAAUAUGGACUUGGUCUUUUACCAAAUAGGGCUAUCUUCUGUAUACCACCCCUACCAUGUCACAACACAACUGAUUGGCUCAAACUCAUUAAGAAGGAAAGAAAUUCCACAGAUGAACUUUUAACAAGGCACACCAGUUAAUUGAAAUGCAUUCCAGGUGACUACCUCAUGAAGCUGGUUGAGAGAAUGUCAAGGGAGUGCAAAGCUGUCAUCAAGGCAAAGGGUGGCUACUUUGAAGAAUCUCAUAUAAAAUAUUUUUUUGGGUUACUACAUGAUUCCAUGUGUUAUUCAUAGUUUUGUCGUCUUCACUAUUAUUCUACAAUAUAGAAAAUAGUAAAUAUAAAGAUGUACUUUAUGCACCAUGGACAAUAUUCCAAUCACAAUUGUCUGCAGUUGAUACUACGUAAAUAAUGCAACGUCUAUGACUUUAAAAAAGGAAAUGAAACCACAAAACACUCGCACGUCAUGUUUUAUUGUCAGCACAAAUGUACACUGUGCAUAUCGAUAAACAUGAACUAAAGAGCCAAAACGACCUGACGAAGGUCUGUUACUUUAGAAUGUACAAAUAGACCGUAUACUUACUGAGGCGGUUUACCAUUGAAUAGAAAAACGCAAUUGAAAACUGCUGUGUUCGUAUGCUGUGACCUGUGACCCUCGUUUCCCCUUUUCAGAUUCAAUAUUCAAACCAGGGAAAUCCUAAGCCAUUGCCAACUGCUUUCAUUGUACAUUUUUCAAUUUGAAUUGGAGAUGUGUUUAAAUUUACUCUUUCCCCCUGCUCUUUACCCACUCCCCCCCCCCCUGCUCUCUACCCACUCUCCCCCCC